UUCUCUUCUCCAUCUGUUUCUCAACUGCCUGUGCUCUUUUUCAUCCAAGUGGAGAAGACAGCGAGAGAGAGAGAGAGAGAGAGAGAGAGAGAGAGGGUGUGUGUGUGUUAAUGCGGGUUCGUCUGGAAGACCCCACCUUCGCUUUGUUGUGUAUUGAAUCACUCACUGGGCGCUGUCCUCCACUCCCCAUGCCUGCGUAUUUAAAACCUCACUCACUGCUCAUCUUCAACCAGAUUUGGCCGAAGGCUUGGGUUGCUCGGAAUGUGGAGCUCCACGGAGACCGCUUUCUCACGAUCCAGCUCGUACCGAGAAUGCGCGGAAGAGGAGGAGGAGGCGCUCCGGUGGGCGGCACUGGAGCGACUUCCAACAUUUGCUCGUAUCCGUCGUGGGAUUAUCCGGCGCGAAGCUGGCGAUUUCUCGGAAGUUGAUGUGUCGAAUCUCACAGCUCGUGAACGCACCAGCUUAAUCGACCGCCUCCUCGGCGACUUCGGUGAUCCCGAGCGGUUUUUCCAGAGAAUCCGGCAGAGAUUUGACGCAGUAAACCUUGAGUUUCCCAAAAUUGAGGUUCGAUUCGAGGAGCUGAAAGUUGACGCAUAUGUUCAUACGGGAAGCAGAGCUUUACCGACGCUUCCUAAUUUUAUUUAUAACAUGACAGAGGCCUUCUUGAGGCAGUUAAAAAUUUUUCCAGGUAGGAGAAAGAAAUUGUCCAUUCUGAAUGAUGUUCGCGGGAUAGUGAAGCCUUCUAGAUUGACACUACUUUUGGGUCCGCCGAGUUCUGGAAAGACAACUUUACUUUUAGCUCUCGCUGGCCGGCUUAGUUCUGAUUUACAGAUGUCCGGUAACAUUUUUUACAACGGACACAGUUUAGAUGAGUUUGUUCCUCAAAGAACAUCGGCUUAUGUUAGCCAACUAGAUUGGCAUGUUGCUGAAAUGACAGUCAGAGAAACGUUAGAAUUUUCAGGUCGAUGUCAAGGAGUGGGAAUAAAAUAUGAUAUGCUCACGGAGCUUUCUAGAAGGGAGAAGAAUGCCGGGAUUAAGCCUGAUGAGGAUCUUGAUAUAUUUAUGAAGGCAUUAGCUUUGGAGGGAAAGCAGACCAACCUUGUAGUAGAAUAUAUAAUCAAGAUUUUAGGCCUAGAUGUUUGUGCUGAUACACUGGUAGGAGAUGAGAUGAUCAAAGGGAUAUCCGGUGGUCAAAAGAAGCGUCUUACCACAGGUGAAUUACUAGUCGGUCCAGCUAGAGUGCUAUUAAUGGAUGAGAUAUCUACAGGGCUUGACAGUUCAACUACUUUUCAAAUCAUCAAAUAUCUUAAGCAUUCAACCCAAGCUCUUGAUGGGACAACAAUCAUAUCUUUGUUGCAACCAGCUCCAGAAACUUUUGAAUUAUUCGAUGAUAUCGUACUUAUAUCUGAGGGACUGAUUGUUUAUCAAGGUCCCCGUGUUGCAGCUUUAGACUUUUUUGCAGCCUUGGGAUUUAGAUGUCCUGAGCGAAAAAAUGUGGCUGACUUCUUGCAAGAGGUUAUAUCUAAGAAAGACCAACAGCAAUACUGGUCUUUUUUGGACAGACCAUACCAGUUUAUACCUGUAGCAAAGCUUGCUGCAUGUUUUAGAUCAUCAAAUAUUGGCAAGAUAUUGAAUGAGGAAAUGGAAGUUCCAUAUAACAGAGAACAUAAUCAUCCUGCUGCUCUAUCAACUUCUAGCUACGGAGUUAAAAGGUUUGAGCUUCUCAAGGCAAAUUUUCUCUGGCAGCUGUUACUGAUGAAACGGAAUUCAUUUGUUUACAUCUUCAAGUUUAUUCAGCUUCUGCUGGUCGCUCUUAUUACGAUGACUGUGUUUUUCCGGUCAACAAUGCAUCACAAUAAUGUUGAUGAUGGUAUUUUCUAUCUUGGGGCAUUAUAUUUUGCGACAAUUAUGAUUCUGUUCAAUGGGUUCACAGAAGUUGCAUUGUUGAUUGCAAAGCUUCCAGUGCUUUACAAGCACAGGGAUUUGCAUUUUUACCCUACAUGGACAUAUGUACUUCCUUCAUGGAUCCUUAGUAUUCCAACAUCUUUCAUAGAGUCUGCCAUGUGGGUGGCAGUGACAUACUUUGUGAUCGGCUUUGAUCCACAUAUUAGUAGAUUUUUCAGUCAGUUCCUAUUGCUCUUUUUCUUGCAUCAGAUGUCUUUGGCCCUCUUUCGUGUAAUGGCAGCCUUGGGUCGCAAUAUUAUAGUUUCUAACACCUUUGGAUCUUUUGCUAUGCUGGUUGUCAUGAUUCUUGGUGGAUUUAUCAUAUCUAGAGAAAGUAUUCCAAGCUGGUGGAUUUGGGGUUAUUGGAUUUCACCAUUGAUGUACGCUCAGAAUGCUGGUGCUGUAAAUGAAUUCCUUGGGCAUUCAUGGGAUAAGACGGUGGGAAACAACAAUCUAUCUUUGGGGAAGAUAAUUCUGAAAAGUCAUGGCAUGUUUACUGAAAGUUAUUGGUUCUGGAUCGGUGCUUGUGCCUUGGUUGGCUAUGCUGUCAUACUCAACAUCUUAUUCUGUUUUUUCUUGUCCUGCCUCAACCCUCUAGGAAGGCCACAAGUGGUUGUUCCCAAGGAUGAACUUCAUGAGAAGGGUGACAAGAAGAAUGGCGAGACUAUGAUUGUUGAGCUAAGAUCUUAUUUACGAUCAGAUGCAUUUGCAGAAAUGGGUGGCAAGGAACACAAAGGAAUGGUCUUACCUUUUGAGCCCCUUACCAUGUGCUUUAGCAAUAUAAAUUAUUUUGUGGACGUACCUGUGGAACUGAGACAAGAAGGCAUUUUGGAAGAUCGAUUACAGUUGCUCGUAAAUGUAACUGGGGCUUUCAGGCCUGGAGUCCUUACGGCUCUUGUUGGAGUGAGUGGUGCUGGUAAAACCACCCUCAUGGAUGUUUUAGCUGGGAGGAAAACUGGAGGUCUCAUAGAAGGAGAUAUAACUAUCUCUGGAUAUCCUAAAAACCAGAAUACUUUCGCAAGGGUCUCUGGCUAUUGCGAACAAAAUGAUGUUCAUUCUCCUUGCAUGACUAUUGUAGAGUCACUUUUAUUCUCAGCAUGGCUUCGGUUAGCAUCACAUGUUGACCAAGAGACUCAAAAGCUCUUUGUGGAAGAAAUUAUGGAACUAGUGGAGCUUAACACAUUAAGAGGUGCACUUGUUGGUUUGCCAGGAAUUAAUGGUUUGUCAAUAGAACAGCGCAAACGAUUAACAAUUGCGGUGGAACUUGUUGCAAAUCCUUCCAUCGUUUUCAUGGAUGAACCAACAUCAGGAUUAGAUGCCAGAUCUGCGGCCAUUGUGAUGAGAACUGUUCGGAAUAUUGUAAAUACAGGGCGGACAAUUGUGUGCACAAUUCAUCAGCCUAGCAUAGAUAUUUUUGAAUCUUUUGAUGAGCUUUUGUUCAUGAAGCGUGGAGGGGAACUUAUAUAUGCUGGUUUGUUAGGCCCGGAUUCUUGUAAGCUAAUUGAAUUCUUCGAGGCAAUACCUGAACUUCCUAAGAUCAAGCAUGGUGAAAACCCUGCAGCUUGGAUGCUUGAAGUAACAAGUCCUUUGAUGGAAAAUCAUCUUGGCGUGAACUUUGCAGACUAUUAUCGAAGUUCGAAACUAUUCCAACAAAACAAGGAGUUGGUGGAAAAUCUUAGCAAGCCUGAAGAUGGUACUAAAGAGUUGAACUUCCCAACAAAUUACUCACAACCAUUUGUUUCCCAGUAUCUUGCCUGCCUUUGGAAGCAGAAUUUGUCUUAUUGGAGAAACCCACAGUAUACUGCAGUUCGAUUCUUCUACACUAUCAUCAUCUCAUUGAUGUUUGGUACAAUCUGUUGGGGUUUUGGUUCAAAAAGGGGAACUCAGCAGGAUAUCUUCAAUGCUAUGGGAUCUAUGUAUGCUGCAGUACUGUUUAUUGGAAUUACUAAUGCAACUGCUGUUCAGCCUGUGGUAUCCAUUGAAAGGUUCGUCUCAUACCGAGAAAGAGCAGCUGGAAUGUAUGCUGCAUUAUCUUUUGCAUUUGCCCAGGUUUCCAUCGAGUUUCCUUAUGUUCUUGUACAGACACUUAUCUAUGGUACCAUAUUUUAUAGCAUGGCAUCAUUUGAAUGGACAGUGCUGAAAUUUUUCUGGUAUUCGUUCUUUAUGUACUUCACUUUGUUGUACUUCACAUUUUUUGGCAUGAUGACCAUAGCAAUCACACCUAGUCAUCUAGUGGCACCAAUCAUUGCUGCUCCAUUCUAUACUCUGUGGAAUCUCUUCAGUGGAUUCAUGAUUACACGAAAGAGGAUUCCUGGAUGGUGGAGAUGGUAUUACUGGGCUAAUCCAGUAUCAUGGAGCUUAUAUGGCCUUCUCACUUCACAGUUUGGGGACAUCGAGGAACCCGUGAUACUUGCAGACGGAGUUCGUUCAAUAAGUGCUAAAGUUUUUCUCGAAAACUAUUUUGGUUUCAGAAAUGAUUUCUUAGGUAUUGCGGCAAUCAUGGUCGUCGGCUUGCGUGAUCUUUGCACUCGUGUUUUCUGUUGCAAUCAAAUGCUUAAACUUCCAAAAAAGAUGAAGGCCUUGGAAAACAUGGUUUUCUUGAUAAUAAGCUCCAAUGGAAUCCAGAAGGGCAGAAAGAUAUAUACAUAAUAACAUAUCCUUGUUUAAAGUGUGCAGACUAUUUUUUAAUGACAUGACUUGUGAUU